UCACCUCGCCGGGGUGCGUUAGGUAUCCUCACCCUGCUUUUCACCGAUGAACACCGACCCCGCAGCUGUUCGGGGCGGAAUAAAAUUGCCCAUCUGAUCCGGAUCAGUCGGCUGGAAAUGAGCUGCGGAGAUCGGAGCGUCCAUGAAAACAGCCGUCGCUUCUCCUCCGCUGCCCUCCGCGUGAGAGCUCAGACCGGGGCCGGUCGGACUGAGGCUCCCGGUGGGUCCGGUCGGGUUGUGGACCUUUGAAGACCUUUGAAGCUCGAGCAACUUGAGGACUUGUUUUCCACAAGUACCGAAGAAUUGCACGCAUCUGUGCCAAGAAACAGCGGUACGUGGGGGACUUCUGCAAAUGAGACACAGAGACGGUUCUGAAUGAUGGAGGCGGGAGCUGAGCGAGGGCGCUCGCAGGGCAACAGUGACGGCGCGGUCGGGCAACCGCGCUCCUCUCCCUGCACCAGCCUCAAGAUGUUUCUGGCGGCUUUGUCAUUUGCUUAUUUUGCGAAGGCACUGUCGGGGAGCUACAUGAAGAGCACAAUAACUCAGCUGGAGAGGCGCUUUGACAUCCCCAGUUACCUAAUAGGCGUCAUUGACGGGAGCUUCGAGGUCGGCAACCUGCUGGUGAUAGCUUUCGUCAGUUACUUCGGGGCCAAACUCCAUCGGCCAAAGAUCAUCGCGGUGGGUUGUGUCCUGAUGUCCAUCGGCACCUUCAUCAUCGCCCUGCCUCACUUCAUCAUCGGACGUUAUGAAUUUGAAACAUCGGUGCGAUGGGUAGUGAACUCCACACAGAACCCCUCUCCGUGUCCGGUGGGCCGACCAUCAGACCUGACCCGAGAGGCUAAAAGGCCUCAAGUGCCAGCCACAGGUUGUGAGGGUGACUCCUACCUGUCCAUGUGGAUCUAUGUCCUCCUGGGAAAUGUCUUGCGGGGAAUUGGGGAGACGCCUGUUCAGCCUCUUGGGAUCUCCUACAUAGAUGAUUUUGCUGGUGAAGAGAAUGCCGCUCUCUAUGUCGGCUGUGUGCAGACCAUUUCGGUGGUUGGCCCUGUGUUUGGCUACCUGUUAGGCUCCCUGUGUGCCAAAAUCUAUGUGGACAUUGGGUUUGUAAAAAUGGAAACUAUCACCAUCACCCCAUCCGAUUCUCGCUGGGUGGGGGCCUGGUGGCUUGGCUACCUCAUAGCUGGGGUCAUCACCCUGCUCUCCGCUAUACCAUUCUGGUUCCUGCCUCGCUCCCUGCCUGUGGCUGGGCCCCGGGGCCCAGACAAAUGCACGGCAGAGCGGACAAGGUUCAUUAAAGAACCUCCUCUUAUGAAGCACAAGUAUCCUGCAGACGAAAAUACAACUUUCAUAGAGAUGGCUAAAGACUUCAUUCCGACCCUGCGGACUCUGCUGGGACACCCUGUGUAUUUGAUCUACCUGUGUGUGACAAUCAUCCAGCUGAACUCGCUCAUUGGCAUGGUCACCUACAAGCCCAAGUACAUCGAGCAGCACUUCAGGCAGUCCGCGUCAAAGGCCAACUUCCUCAUGGGUGUGAUCAACAUCCCAGCUGUGGCACUAGGGAUGUUUUCUGGAGGGCUUCUGAUGAAGAGACUCAAGCUGAACAUCAUGGAAGCGGCCAGGUUUGCCUUUGGCACGUCUCUGAUCGGUUACAUCCUGUCGCUGUUCUUCUUCGCAAUGAGCUGCGAUAACGCAGAGGUAGCCGGUGUGACGCUUUCCUACACCAUGGAUAGGAUAUCUUAUGAUAAACACUCAGUGUUCGCGUCCUGCAACUCGGACUGCUUCUGUUCAUCGAGUGACUGGGACCCGGUCUGUGGAGAGAACGGCAUCACGUAUGUUUCUCCGUGCCUCGCCGGCUGCACCGCCUCUGCUGGCUCGGGGAAAAACACAGUCUUCUCUAACUGUAGCUGUGUCGGUGCGGCUGGUAAUUUCACCGCCACUACAGGCCAGUGUCUUCACAAGGAGGACUGUGACGGGAUGUUCCCGUACUUCCUGGCUCUCUCUGUCGUCACUUCCUUCAUCAUCUCCCUCGGGGGAACACCGGGCUACAUGUUUCUCAUCAGGUGCAUCAAACCACAAUUAAAAUCUUUGGCGUUGGGUUUCCAUGCUCUGGCUACGCGUACCCUCGCAGGGAUCCCGGCACCCAUUUACUUUGGAGCAAUCAUUGACACCACGUGCCUGAAAUGGGGUCAGAAAAGGUGUGGAGGCGUAGGAGCCUGUAGGAUCUACAACACCACCGCCUACAGACACGAUAGCCUACCUGGGUCUCACUCUGAGCCUACGGACGCUCUCCUUCCUCGUUUGCAUCCCGGGCUUCAUCCUGCUCGGCCGACAGCUGAGGAGGGAGGAGAGGAGCGCCGUCCACGGGGAUCUGGCCAACGGCGGGGCGGAGCUGGAGGCGCUCCGGAAGGAGGAGUUUGUGACUUCCAGUGCGGACCGAUCGCAGCAAACGGCCGACAGCAGCACAGACAGGGAGACACGGCUGUGACAGAAGCCCCUCGCCCCCCCCCCCACACACAUACACACAGGUAAACAAUCGCAACCACACACAUACAGAUACACACAGACUCAAAUUCAAUUUGCAGGGAUCAUCUCAUAUAAAGCAUCAAUUCUAUAUUUGUACUGAAGGCUUUGUCAGUUUAACAGAAAUCUGAUAUUUCCUGAACGUACAUGCUUUUGUUUUUUUCAAUGUAAAAAUAUUUUUCAGAUUUGAUGGUUUGCACAAGCUAUUGGAUACUUGGCUUGUGUAGACCACUAACAACAAGUAUCAAGCUGCCUCUUUGGAUUUUUUUUAUUCAAAUGUUUUUCUUCCUGCAAUCAGAAGGGGAAAAGUGGUCAUCAACAAGACGUGUGGCUCUAACUUUUGACAAAAAAAAUUAUAAUUAAGGUGAGGGAAAUUGAAUGAGACGGAAAGAAAGGAUUCAUUAUUUCUCCUAAAAAUAGAAAAGAUAGAACAGCUUAUUGUAAAAAAAUAUGCGUGAACCUGUAUUUCAGCAUCUUUUUAUGCCGGAUGUUGAUAUGACGUAUGUGCCUCAUUCACUCAACUGUUACCUCUAUAUCAUGUAUCUCACAUUUUGAACAGAUGUAUGAAUGUCAUUCCAUUUUGCUUUCGCUCACCGUUGACUGAAUGCAAGUCUAAACAUUUAACUUCAGGUGGACUCUAAAGGUUUGCUGCGUUACCUUGAGCCCAAAGUCAGGUGUGACUGUAUUGCAGUUCCUGGAGUGUGCUUUCUGGAUCUGAAAGUGUUCCUUUGGUACUCCAUCCCACUAAAAAUGGAAAUUGUAUUUAGGUGAGAUUUACUUACCGGUUUGUCUAGUGUAGGCUGCUCCAUAUUUGUAUACUUUCAACCGGCUUCAGGACAAAUGAACUCGCAUAUAAAUCUGGUAUAAAUAUUGUAUCUUAGAAUUUGACUAAAUCUACUUAAAAUAUCUGAAUACACCUCGGCAGGCUCUGAUAUAACACAAUAUUUUUGUUGAAACAGAUGCUUGCUCUUGUUUGUGCAGGAUGUUGUGCCUUUGAAAGGUCUGAAUUUGUACUGUUGCAUCAUUGAUGGAGGAUAUCUCCACAAGGAAUGUGCAUUUAUGCAAUUGAUUUUUAUAAGCUCUGUUGGUUUGUUCUGUGUUUGUAUUUGUAAGUGUGCUUGAACUCCUGUGCAUAAACCUACAAACAGAACGAUCAUGGUCCAUUCUCAGGUUUUUACCAUUGAUUUUAUUCUGAAACAGCUUUAUCCAACAAUCGGAAACCACAUCAUUGAAAUCCAUCUUAAUUCAUCGGUUGGCUACUAUAAGUAUUUCUUUUAUCUUUGUAAAUGUACAGCAUAUCGACGUUUUGUAACUUUAUUAAAAUGUGCUUGUUAGGUGACUGAAUGGUAUUUUCGAUUCAGGUUUAGUUUCAGGCACACAAGCAGAGACUCGGUGUAGAGGAGGAAGUCAUUAUCUCAAUAAUGUAAGCCAUUUACUUGCAUUAAAGAAAUCAGAAUGUAAAUAAUUUUCUUGGGAUUAUUUUUGUAAAGUUUUAAAGAUAUUAAAUGUAAUACUAAAUAAACCCGUUGGUUGGUUGAAA